AUGUGCCGGCUAGUCCACCUUCACGAAGUGGGAAUGGAUGUCGAAAUUAUUCCAGUUGAUUUUCUUAAACUUGAGCAGAAAAGUCCCGAAUAUAUGAAAAUCAAUCCAAUGGGUCAAGUUCCUGUACUUGAUAAUGAUGGCUUUAUACUUACUGAAUCAAGAGCUAUUAUGGCAUAUCUCGUAAACUCAAAAAAGCCUGGAAGCACUUUGUAUCCAAGCAAUCCAAAGCAGAGAGCAAUAGUAGACACUAAAUUGUACUUUAAUGCAUCAAAUUUGUUUUCUCUAAUCUUUGCUUCAAGCGUCCAUUGCAGUGAACCAACUCUCACUGACAUAUCUGGUGAAAUUGGAAACUGGCCAAAAUUAGAAGCUUGGUACAAGAGAUGCGCAAGUAUUCCUGGAUAUGAAGAAAACUUAAACGGUGCUAAAAUGGUCGGUCCAUUACUUAAACAGCUUGGAGUUAAGCUUGCACCUUUGAAAUAA